GGCUGGCCGUCCGUGCGUGUGCGUCCUUCCCAACAAACCAUCUGUCAGAGGUUUCAGGCUGAUGAAAACGUUUCAUGCGACUACUGACAGGAGCUGAGUGGCUUUACUGAGAGAGGCAGCAGCAUUUUGUGAUUGGGGUCUUCUAAAGGUAAAUUAUCAUCUGUCGAGCUUUUGGUGCCAGCUGCGAUGAUUCUGGCAACGUUAAAGGGCAUUGGGAAGCAGCUGCUGCGGGUUAAGGUUGUGGACUGUAACUCGGAGGAGUCCCACUUCUCUCGAUGCCUCAACACGUUUGACCUGGUGGCCCUGGGUGUCGGCAGUACGCUGGGAGCGGGAGUCUACGUGCUGGCUGGUGCUGUAGCCCGUGACAGCUCUGGACCUGCCAUCGUCCUCUCCUUCCUCAUCGCUGCACUCGCCUCAGUCCUGGCUGGUCUGUGUUAUGCCGAGUUUGGAGCCCGUGUCCCCAAAACUGGCUCGGCCUACCUCUAUAGCUAUGUGACAGUUGGAGAACUGUGGGCCUUUAUCACAGGCUGGAACCUCAUCCUCUCUUAUGUCAUUGGAACUUCAAGCGUGGCCAGAGCAUGGAGCGCAACCUUUGAUGAGCUGAUUGGACGGCACAUUGAGGAAUUCUGCAGACGGUACAUGACCAUGCAUGCCCCGGGUGUCCUGGCAGAGUAUCCAGACAUAUUUGCUGUCUUCAUCAUACUCAUCCUGACAGGACUGCUUGCAUUUGGAGUAAAGGAGUCGGCCUUGGUGAAUAAAGUAUUCACCUGCAUCAAUGUCCUGGUGCUACUGUUCGUGAUCAUCUCUGGCUUGGUCAAAGGAAACCUAAAAAACUGGAACGUGAACCCCGAAGAAAUCCUCAAUGCCACAAGCAACUCUAGCCUUAACAUGUCUACUUCCUUACCAUCAGAAGAAAGUCUUGGUGAGGGCGGCUUCAUGCCUUUUGGCUUGUCCGGAGUGUUCUCUGGUGCUGCCACCUGUUUUUAUGCCUUUGUAGGGUUUGACUGCAUUGCCACAACAGGAGAGGAAGUGAAGAAUCCUCAGAGGGCCAUUCCUGUUGGAAUUGUGGCCUCGCUCCUCAUCUGUUUUGUGGCCUACUUCGGCGUGUCCGCGGCCCUCACAGUGAUGAUGCCUUAUUACAUGCUGGACAAGAACAGCCCCCUGCCAGUGGCCUUUAAAUAUGUGGGCUGGGAGGGAGCCACUUAUGCAGUGGCCAUUGGCUCUUUAUGUGCCUUGUCGACCAGUCUACUAGGCUCCAUGUUCCCAAUGCCCAGAGUGAUCUGGGCCAUGGCAGAGGAUGGCCUGCUCUUCAAAUGUUUGGCUAAAAUCAGCCCACGAACCAAAACCCCCCUAACAGCUACAGUAACAUCAGGUGUUGUGGCAGCAGUGAUGGCUUUCCUGUUUGACUUGAAGGACCUGGUUGACCUCAUGUCCAUCGGCACUUUGCUGGCCUACACUCUGGUGGCUGCCUGUGUGCUAGUCCUCAGAUACCAGCCCGAAAACCCCCGCGGGGCCUACGAGAUGGCCAACACUCAGGAUGAACCGGAAAUUGCUGAGUCGUAUAACGAAGGGAAUGUUGACAUUUUACCACAACCGGACGAUCGCUUCACCGUCAAGACUCUGCUUUCCCCUUCAAACAGCGAGCCGUCCCCUCUGUCCGGGUUUGCCGUCAACAUUUGCACCAGCAUACUUGGUGUGUUGGUGUGUGUCUUCAGUGUUGUAGCGGUUCAAGGAGGGCUGGCAGCCUGGUCAGUGUCUCUCCUCUGUGUUAUCUUUGUGGUUUGUCUGAUUCUCACCUUCGUUGUGUGGAGACAGCCGCAGAGCAAGGCCAAGCUUGCCUUCAAGGUUCCUCUGCUGCCCUUUCUACCAGUCGCCAGUUUGUUCAUCAACGUCUACCUGAUGAUGCAACUCGACAAAGGAACCUGGAUGCGCUUUGCCAUCUGGAUGGUCAUAGGUUUCUUUAUCUACUUCAGCUAUGGUAUUCGCAACAGUGCAGAGGCCAGGUUGACCAGGUUGGACACCUUCAGACCGGCCUGCACAAUAAAGGGAGAGCCCAUGGCCACAGAGAAGGAAGCCUUCAUACACAACACACAAAACGCCACCAGAGAUGACGAUGAUGAAGAGUCCUGAAGAAACAGGAGGUUCACUAAUCUGUUCUGCAUAUCAAACAUUGCUAUAUGUUAAAUCCUUUGAAAUAGCUGCAGAUCCUGGAGACAUACUGUAUGGAAACUUUGAUGCACCACUCCAACCAUGGUGUUGUUUGGUGUUGUACAUAAUUCUGGCCAAAAAUGUUCUCUAAUUUGGAUGUUUGAUAGAAGAAAAAAAGACUAAUUAGAUCUGAAGUUCCAGUAAAAAAUGUUUAAAAAGACAAAAUGAAUCUCCAUACAUGUGAAAACCCAGCUUUUAUUGUAGAGAACAUUUUUAUUUUCUAGUAAUUUUUUUUUUAUGCUUUGCAUUUUGAUAUGAUCAAUUUUACGAAACGUAACUAAGUCUGUGGACAGCAACCAAAGGGAAAGCACAAGUAUUUUUAACAAUGAUUUUGAGAGUUGGAACUGCUCCCCCAACUUGAAAUUACUCAUUUUUAUAUGUUAGCUUUUUACUGAAAAGACGUUAUAAUAGACAUUAUGAAUAAGACAUUAGGGUUGGCUCUAAAAUUGAGUGAGAAUUUCACUGUAUCCUCUGUGCCUUUCGUGUUGUAAGUUCACCUCAAAGGUACCACUUUAUAUGUAGAUAUUUUGCUCUGGAGGAAGUGUUCCACCACGGUGCUGUGAACAAUCUGGUACACUACCUUGAUCAGGAUAUUUGUGUAAAAGGGUUGAUGUUACAUGUAUUAACUUUUUUAACUAGCCAAGAGAAAGAAACUGAUUAUGUGAAUUGAUACUUCAGAGUAUUUAUUUUAAGCGCCUAUGUCCCAAAUGAAUGUUGCACCUUUAAAAGUAAGAUAUUGCCAGCUACAGUUGUGAAAUAUAUAUAUUGUCUGUAUAUAAUUUGUAUAAGUUUGGAUUUUGAAACGCCUAUAUUUAUAAUCUAUUUGAGACAUUUCACCUUUGUUGAGCAGUUCACUUUUUAGUUCACAUAUGUGCAUCUGAAUGUGAAGUACAAUCAUAUGGUGACUCUGAACACCUGAGCGAUGUCUCUCACUUUAGUUUUAUUCCUGCACCACCAGCAACAGCAUACCUCAAGCAGUAACGUGUCAAAGUGUCUCAGCCAGUCAGACAUUAUUUAAUGAUGAAGGAAAUGCAAGCUGUUGUGUGUGCAGAUUCGCAGGGCAGCUAAAAUCUGAACACCAUAUUGAGAUACGUCUGUUCACCAAAGACUGAAAAUGUAACAAGGUGAAAAAUCUCGUCACUGAGUCCCUUUUUUAAAUGGAUAAUAUGAUGAUUUUUUUUCUCUAUUUAUCUUCCAUUGUUUUAACCUGAAGCCAAAGUCUAUUAGAUUAAAUUGGAUUAUCUGUCAAAAAGAUGUUGCUAUUGAUUGCCAGAGUUGGAGAUUUUUCAAACAAGCCUUCAUGUUUAAAAUACUAAAUGGCUUAUAAAUAAACAGUGCAUGUAACUUGGUUGCAUUUUAAGAUAUUUGGUCAAAUUGUGAAAUCCAGUCAUGCUGCAGGAAGCUGUUGUUUCCCUCCCACUUGCUUGUUUUGUAAAUACUAUGCAUUUAAGCAGCUAGUCUUUAUUUAAACUGAGACAUGUUUGAAUCAUUGGGACAUUAUGACAUGUAAGUUUGGUUCUUUGUCAGAAAAUCAUCACAUGCAUCAUUACCUGUUUUAGAAAUGCAGCAUUUUAGGCUCCUUUUUUGUUUUUGUAAAUAGUUUUGAGUUUUGAGUUACUGCAGAUAUUACAACUGUCACUUGUCUGUAACCACAUCACCCACCAGCUUCAGUCUGAAACCCUUUGUUGCACGCAUCAUGGAAAACAAACGAUGCUAACACAAACUGCACCAGCAGUAUUGUAGCUGUUCAUUAGUUGUGUAUCAUGAGCCAUAGUUUCACUGACUGUGAUUUAGCCUUCUGCUAAAGGUACUGUAGUUACAUUCUAGCAUGAGGCUCCAUCCAUGAAAUCACAAGAAGUUGGAAUUUUUGUCCUCGACACUGUUUUAUGUCAACGUUUGCAUGCUGCACUAUUAAAGGUUUAGAUUUUGUUAUAAACAGGUUUACAGUGUAUCAGAGUGUUGAAGGUCAGCUGUUCAGCAUGUGUUGUCUGCUGUCUGCUUGCUGCUUGUAUAGUUUCUGCUGUAAAUAAAUAAUGAUCAGA